CACAGCCGAGUGUGACUGUUUCCUACUCAGUGACAAACAUGCUUGCAGUGAGGCAGGUGGAUGGAAAGUGAGACAAAGUUAGUUCACCCUAUUUUAAGGACACAGUUCGAAGAAACAGCCCAGACACUGAAUCACCAUGACGAUCAUAACCCCAGAAGCGCAGACUCUAUACACAGCGCCGUCAUCAACGAUGAUGAACCAGACACACAACUCAGACGCAGACUGCGACUCCAAAGCGGACUUCCAGUUCUACCUCUUCCCUGUCGUCUACGGCUUGGUGAUCAUCCUAGGCUUGCCAGGCAACCUCGGGGCUCUCUGGCUUUUCUUCUUUAAGAGGAAGCAGAGGACCGCCUCGGACGUCUUCAUCAUCAACCUGGCCGUGGCCGACACGGCGUUCCUGUGCACGCUGCCCUUCCGCAUCCACUACCACUGGCGGCACAACGUCUGGAGCCUGGGCAAGCCCAUGUGCGUCCUCAGCGGCAUCGUCUUCCACGCCAACGUCUACGCCAGCCUGGUCUUCAUGACCUGCAUCUGCGUCGACCGCUACGUGGCCACCGCGUACCCGCUGGUCUACCUGCGCCUGCGGAACACGCGCUGCACCGUGCUGGCGAGCGCCGCCGUCUGGCUGGUGUACGCCGUCGCCACGCUGGCCUUCGUCCUGGCCGGCUUCCCCGAGAGCCAGGAGGACCGCUGCUUCGAGAGCUUCAGCCAGGAGGAGUGGGACCGGCGCCUGGGCGCCUACAGCACCUUCUGCCUGGUGUUCGGCUCGCUGCUGCCCUCGGCCAUCAUCCUGGUGUGCUACCCGCUGGUGGCCCGCCGCAUCGCCCACAUUCGCUCGGGCACGGCGGGCAAGGCUCGCCGCAUCAUCUACGCCAUCCUGGCCAUCACGCUGCUGUGCUUCCUGCCCUACCACCUGGUGCACCUCCUGCACCUGCUGCGCCGCAUGCACUACAUCCGGAACUGCGCGCUGGCGGACGCCAUCUACAAGGCCCGCCGCGUCACCAUGGCGCUGGUCAGCCUGAACAGCUGUCUGGACCCGCUGCUCUACUACUUCAGCACCAACCACUGCAAGUGGAGCAUGCCCAGACUGAGAUGGCUGCAGCCCAGGAGGACGCGCGGGGUCUACUACAUAGGCACCGACUUCUGAGCCUGAAACUUUUCUCUUGGCGUCCAGCCACCUAGACGCUAGUCUGUUGUUGGCCAUCUAGACGCUAGUCUGUGGUUGGCCACCUAGACGCUAGUCUGUGGUUGGGACAAGUUUAGAAGUCAGGCAGUUCAAAAACCUAGUUAAGUCAAGUUGGACCACUGUGGGUUCAUGCCUGACUCACAACAGAAAAACAGUCAAAUAUUAAUGGUCAAAAGAAGUGACAUUUUUCAGUGUUUGUAGACACAAAAUGUCUCAGUCUGUACAGUACUGUUCAAGUUUGCCUGAGCCUCUCUGUUGCGUCUGUCUUUUACUGUACCCUGGAGCAGACUGUGUGAUAUGUGCUAUAUCAAUUUAAUGCUAUACAUUCCCAUUCAAGCAGUCAAACUGAUAUAAAUAUAGUGGCUUUUUGAAAUUGUGUAUUUUAAAACUGAAAGUUUUAUGGCACCUGCUUGAACCAGAAAUGUGUAACUAUAACAAAGGCACACCUACAGUGCUGUUUUAAAUCAGUGCCAUGACAAAGGAACUGAAAUGUGCCAAAAUAGACACAAUAACAUGAAAUUGUUCACCGCAUCAAUUUAUGUGUAUAAUGGAUGGUCGGCCAAA